AUGAUAAGUGCUUGUCAAGAACGGCAUGAAAGAGUAGUUGAGUUAUAUGUGGAUAUUGCGGUUGGUGAAACUUCUCAUGUAGGUGAAAGUUUGUUAUGUUUAAAUGUAUCACUCCCAACUGUGUCUGUUAGUGACAAUGAAGAAGAGUAUGCAAUUGGAGGAGAUAGUUCUUCUGAUACUGAUUUGGAAGAUGGCUUCGAUUCAAUGAUGAUAGUUCCAAACACUGAAAGAAAUAACAUUAUGCUAGGACAAUCUGCAAAUUCUAUAACACUUUUUUGGAACAUAAGUUCACACUACACUGCUAUUAAUUGGGAACAUCCUGAUCAAGAAUUGGAUUUUUCAGAGUUGUAUUCGUCACAAUCAUGGGUACAAGGAGAUGCAUUAUAUGUUGGACAACUAUUUGACUCUAAAGAGGAGGUAAAGAUGGCGAUAAAACAUUAUGCAAUGAAGAAACAUCAAACAUUUUUUGUGGUUGAGUCAAAAGCAUCAACUCAUUUUGUCAAGUGUGUGAAUCAUAUUUCCAGGUGUCCUUGGAAAGUAAGAGCAUUGCUACCCAAAAAUUCAAAUAAGUGGAAAAUUACGAGAUGGGGUGGUAUGGUCAAAGAAGAACCUUCUGUUCCCGUUUCAUUAAUCCAAGAGAGAAUAAGUGGCCAAUUUGGGUAUUCAGUUUCAUACAAAAAAGCAUGGAAAGCAAAGCAAAAAGCAAUUGUGACAAUAUUUGGUGAUUGGGAUGAAUCUUAUGCAACAUUACCAAGAUGGUUAGAAUACAUGCAAUUACAUGCUCCAGGGUCAGUUUACAAAAUUGAGACCAAUGAUUAUGUGAGAGGUAAUGUAGACGGUACCUUUUUGUAUGGUAAGUAUAAGCAAACAUUGCUUAUUGCUACAACUCAAGAUGGCAAUAACAGUGUGCUUUCUAUAGCAUUUGCCAUUGUUGAAGGAGAAACAUUAUCAGCAUGGGAAUGGUUCUUAGCCAUGAUCCGUCUAAAUGUUACUGAUAAAACUGGAAUUUGUUUAAUAUCUGAUCGCCAUCAAAGUAUUAAAAGUGCUGUGUCUAAUCCACAUAUUGGGUGGCAACCUCCUAAUGCUUACCAUGUUUAUUGCAUUCGUCACAUUGCAAGCAAUUUCAAUAGAAGAUUCAAAAAUUCCGCAAUGAAGAGUAUGCUUAUGAAAUUAGCGUAUACACCUUGCAAGCAAAGAUUUGAAGCUGGUCUUAAUAAAUUUCGUUCGCAUUCUCCUGAAGUUCAAACAUGGAUUGACAACAUAUCAAAGGAAAAGUGGAGCUUGGCUUAUGAUCAUGAAGGGCGGCGUUAUGGUCACAUGACGACUAAUUUGUCUGAGUCAGUGAAUAAAGUUUUAAAAGAGGCAAGAAAUCUCCCAAUUACUACCCUUGUGAAAGCAACCUAUAGUAGAUUGGUCGAAUAUUUUGUCAAACGGGGUGAAAGCGCAAUCAAUGACAUGAACAAUGGUAAAAGGAAUGUCGCAUACCGAUACCCUUGUUCACAUGUCAUAGCCGCUUGUGUUACUGUAAGUAUAGACUUUUGGCAGUAUGUUGAUCCUGUAUAUACUCUGCAGUAUGUUGUGAACGCAUACUCAUCUCAGUGGUGGCUGCUUGGAAAUGAAGCAAACAUUUUACAAAAUGAUGAAUGGAAGUUGUUGCCUGAUUAA